CCGAAACUCCCGCCAAAAUCGAAUGCUCAAGCUGGUGGCCGUCGGCUGCACGGCCAUGUAUGCUGGUGCAUCCGUGUACAUUAGUCUGGUGCAGCACCCGUCGCUCCUCCUCAUGACCGAUUAUCGGAUGCAAGCGAUCUUCUUUGCCGACAUGUACGACGCCGCCGGCCGCGUCAUGGCCCCGCUGUCCGUACUCGGAAGCGGCGCUGCGCUCACGGUCUGGCUAAUCAACCGGUCCGAGCUCAUGUGGCUCGCGGGCGGUCUCUGCAUGGCGUCGAUUUUACCAUACACCACCUACUACAUGCUGCGGCUCAACGCGACGCUUCGGGACCCGCGACGAGCGCUUCGGCGCGGCCCGACCUGGCUACACCAACGACUCCAACAGUGGGGCCGCCAUCACGCAGUCCGCUCGUUCUUGAGCUUGACAGCCACCUCGACUAUGUUAUUUGGACUGCGGUAGACGACGUAAGUAUGUUAUACUAGAGUGUGUUGUGUACAAAGGUGAACGCAUCAAAUGGGUCGCUCCC